CUGCCAUUUGACGUUGUCGCGGCAGAAGCGGGGAGAAAGGGCGAAUUAGCGAAGCAGUGGAGGAAAUAUUUACGAUUCCUGCUUUUUCCGGAUGAGUUUUGUCACUCUAUGCAAUUUUAGUUUUGAAUUAUAAGAAAAUACGCUUUACACAGCCAUGCGGCGAAAUAAGGCCGAAGUGGACGAAUAUAUUUAUUCAGUAGAGAGUUCCUCUCCUUCACUCAAAGAGGCCUAUAUGAUCUUCCCACAGAAACCAAUUAAAGGAUUUUUAUUUGCUAAAUUAUACUUCGAGGCUAAGGAGUAUGAACUUGCUAAAAGACAUGUAUCCGCAUAUCUGAAGGUGGCGGAAAGAGACCCCAAAGCACACAAGUUCCUGGGCAAACUUUAUGAGAGGGAAGGAGAUAUCAACAAGGCCAUAGGAUGUUACAAGCGGUCUGUGGACCUGAACCCAGCCCAGAGGGACCUGGUUUUGAAGGUGGCUGAGCUGCUGGUCAGUAAGACCGAGAGAGACAACAGAGCAGAGUUCUGGGUGGAGAAAGCUGCCAAGCUGCUGCCUGGACACCUUGCUGUCUUCAACCUCAAGGAGCACCUACUGAAUCAACAGGGCCAACAGGGAUGGAACCAGUUGUUUGACCUACUGCAGGCAGAGCUGGCUGUGAGGCCUGGCGAUGCCCAUAUCAACAUCAAGCUGGUUCAGUUGUUCUCCUCCGAUGGCAGGCUGGAGGAGGCUGUCAAACACUGUCUGGCCACAGAGAAGAGAGGCCUGCUUAGAUCUAGCUUGGACUGGUACUCUACUGUAGUACACACUCUACAGGAAUCCCUAGCCCAGCCCAGUGUUUCGUCCAAUGAGAAGAUGAGGCAACAUCGGCAGAGAGAGCUACUUUUGGCACACUGCAGCCUGCUGAGACUGACUCUGCAGGGGAAAGGACUGCAGCCUAGCAUCCAGGCCCUCUGGAGUUUUGACUGUGCGAUGCAGGGCCUGAAGAGGGCAGAGGGCAGUGUAACAGAUGAUCUGUCUGGGGUCUAUGUGGAGAUGAGGGGACAUCUGUACCUGCAUGCUGGCACUCUGCUGCUGAAGAUGGCUCAGGAGAGAGAACAGCAGUGGCGGGCUGUCAUUGAUCUGGCUGCUCUCUGCUAUCUGCUGGCCUACCAGGUCCCCAGGCCAAAGAGCAAGGUGUCUAAACGGGACCAGUCUCCUCCUCAGCCUCUGGAGCUGCUGGCUAGUGACAGAAAGAGCCAGGCUGGACACAUGCUGCUCAACCUCAAGCCCGAGACACACACCUUUGUCAGAGAAGUGGUGGAGGCGUUUGGGAACCGUAGUGGUCAGGGCGCUUUGUUUGAGUUUUUGUUUGGGCCUCUGGCUCCGGUCGGGACUUCCUUCAUUGGCAACGAUGACAUCCGCUCCAUCAACACACAGGCUCCAGAGAUAUCUGACCUUACCAAAUGGGAUAACGGCUCCAUCCAGCUCCAUGGUGGGGAUCUCCAGCAGCUGUGUUGGCUGGGCCUCCAAUGGUCUCUCUUGGCCCAGAGGCCUGCUCUGAGGGACUGGCUCAAACAGCUGUUCCCCAGGCUCAACCUGGAGACCUCCAAACUGGACACCAACACACCAGAGUCCAUCUGCCUGCUAGACCUGGAGGUGUUCCUGUGUGGGGUGGUGUGGUGCAGUCACACCCAGCUCCAGGAGAGGGCCAGGAUCACUUCUACUGAUCAACAUGAGCCCCGCUGCCUGCCCCUGCCACUCCUCCACCGCCUCUUCACAGACAGACAGAGGGACUGGUGGGACGCAGUCUACAGGCUCAUACACAAACGAGCAGCGCCUGGCAUGUCAGCCAAACUGAGGAUGACAGUUCAACAUGGACUAAGCACCUUGCGAGCCGGAGAGAAACAUGGCCUUCAACCAGCCCUGCCCAUACACUGGGCCCAGCACCUCAGCUCAGCGGGGUUUGGUGUGAACUCAUACUGCGACCACGAGUACAUAAGGCGGAGUGUCCACUACUGGAACGUGGUGCUCCCCCUGCUGGACAAGAUCAAGAGGAGACGUGGCAUCCCUGAACCCCUGGACCCCCUGUUCAUACACUUCCCCUCUAGAGACAUAGAGAUCCCAUCAGUGAAGGGCUUUGAGGAGGAGGCCAAGAUAGCAUUUGCGACCCUCCUGGACAUCGAGGGGAAGACAGAGGAGGCUAUCGCUACCCUGGAGACCAUUAACAACAUCUCGUCUAACUGGCACCUAGCUAGGAUCUUCCAGCGUCUGUCUGAGGAGGCCGGUAGCGGGGUGGAGGAGACACAGGACAGGUGCAUCAUGUUCCUCAGGAAGUUCAGAACUUACCUGUCCAAGAUCUACAACGCCAACGCUGACGACAUGGAUAAGCUGCCCGUUUCGAUGGAGGAGGUGAUGGAUCUCCUGAACGAUGUGAAACAGCAGCUGGAGGAGAGUGGAGAAGCGAUGGAUGAAGAGGACGACGGCGGACCGGUCCACUCCAGCCUAAAGUUUACUAAGCCUGCUGCUUCAGUCUCUUGUGUCAAAUUCGCCCCAUUAACCCCCUCCCCCAGCAAGAGCUUGGCCUCUCCCUCCAAAAGACACCUGGGGGGAAAAACUAUCCUCCAUUUCCAGAUUUCCCCAAAGACGCCACCUCAUUGGGCGGAGGACCAGAAGUCCCUCCUGCAGAUGCUCUGCCAGCAGGUGGAGAGCCUCAAGAAUGAGGUCCAUGACCUGAGGCAUCACUCGUCAGACAGCAUGGCGUCACCCCACCAAAGAAUGUAUGGAGAUGGGUACGGGGCUGAGAGCAUGCAGGAGGGCUACCCCCCAGCACAGACCUUCCAUGGAGCACCCCUCACUGUUGCCACCACACAGGCACCCUCUAUGUAUUACAAUCAAUCCCCCGCUUAUAAUGCCGGACAGUAUCUCCUUCGUACGGCAGCCAAUGUUACUCCAACAAAGGCUCCUGUGUAUGGAAUCAACCGCCUGCCACCCCAGCAGCACAUGUAUGCCUACCAGCAGCCCACAAACACACCUCCCCUACAGUCAACACCAGCCUGCAUCUACCCUCCUCAAGAUCAGGUCUUCGGCGCCCCUCUCCGCUUCGAGUCACCAGCAACCAGUCUACUCUCCCCAUACAGUGAGGAAUACUACGGACACUCUCAGCCCACCACAAACCCUCCCCUCCCAGAGCCUGGCUACUUCACCAAGCCCUCCAUUGUACCUGUCCAACCACCAAAGAGCAUCGAGGGGAAGCCUGUGGGCUUUGGGAAGAUCUCUUUUGGCCAGCCGAUCCCUGCUGAGCCUCCUAAGUUGCCUAGCUUUGGUGCUGGAAUAGUCGCCCAGUCCACUCCAUCAUCCGCUGCCUUUAAAUUCAACUCCAACUUUAAAUCCAAUGACGGGGACUUCACCUUCAAGUCCAAAAACAAUGAGAGCCUGUUAGGUCUUCUGACGUCAGACAUUCCCACCAAAUCUGAGGGUCCCUCAGAGGGGAAGCCACAAGAGCCUCCUAGUCAGGGAGGGAUUUUUACCUUUGGCCCUAAAAGUGCGUCUGAGUUCUCCUUUGCUGACACAAUCCAGAUCCAGGACAAACCAAACCUGUUUGGAAAAUUUGACCAGCCAUUUAGUUUCACUGAUGUAACCACGCCGGUAUUUGGGCUGGCAAACACAGCAGAGGAGGAGAAGGGAGCCGAGAGCAAUAACGACAGCACUCAUGUGGAGGAGGACGAGGAUGGGCCUCACUUUGAGCCUAUUGUGCCCCUCCCUGACAAAGUAGACGUGAAGACUGGAGAGGAGGAAGAGGAGGAGAUGUUCUGUAACAGGGCCAAGCUGUUCAGAUUUGAUGCGGAGACAAAAGAGUGGAAAGAGAGAGGUAUCGGCUUAGUCAAAAUCCUAAAGCACAAUACAUCAGGGAAAGUGCGUCUGCUGAUGAGGAGGGAGCAGGUUCUGAAGAUCUGCGCUAACCACUACAUCACGCCAGACAUGCUCCUGAAACCAAAUGCUGGAUCUGACAAGUCCUGGGUCUGGAAUGCUGUUGAUUAUGCAGAUGAGGAACCAAGGCCUGAGCAACUGGCAAUCCGGUACAAAACGGAAGACGAGGCAUUGCUCUUCAAGACAAAGUUUGAAGAGGCUCAGAAGAUCGUUCCCAAAUCUCCAAAAAUGCAGCAAGAUCAGUCAUAUAGGAAAAAUAAUUUUCCUAAACUCUCUGCUCCAUUGGCGACAAACUUUGCUGCCCAAUUUGCAAAGAAGUACGGGGAGUGGGACUGCGAUGUGUGCUGUGUAAGAAAUGCAGCUAAAGUUAUGCAGUGUGUUGCCUGCCAGACUGCCAACCCUAAUGCCCCAUCAAAGCUGGACAGCGCACCGGCUACUGACAUCAAAGGCUUUACUAGUGGGGCAGCUUCAGUGGGAGGAUUUACCUUUGGAUUUGGAGCUGACUCGUCAAAAGACACCAGCAGCGCAGGAUCUAUUGGAAAAGGAUUUGGGUCUUUUGGAGCUCAGAUACCCUCCUCCUUUACGUUUGGAACCAGUGGCACCACUUAUAUACCUGCUGCUGGUUUUGGUGCCCAGUUUGGAAAGAGGCAAGAAACCACAAAAGUUGCAGCAGAAUCAAAGCCCUCAACCAUGCCAUUUGGCUCUGGAUUUGGUGUGCAGUUCGGCAUAAAUCCAGGGCAGUGGGACUGCGAUACAUGCACUUUAAGAAAUGAGGCAUUUGCAAACAGAUGUCUCUCUUGUCAAACUCCUAACCCUUCAGGAAAACCUGCUGCUGGUGCCCCGGCUUUGGCAACCCUCUCAAUUGGGUCUGGAUUUGGUGCACAGUUUGGCAAAAAACCAGGGCAGUGGGAGUGUGACACGUGUCUUGUUAGAAAUGAGGAGUCUGCUAGCAGUUGUGUUUCUUGUCAAACUCCAAACUCUGUAGCCAAAACAGAUGUAGAUGGAGCAGCAGAAUCAAAGCCCUCAACCAUGCCAUUUGGUGCCCCGGCUUUGGCAACCCUCUCAACUGGGUCUGAAUUUGGUGCCCAAUUCAGCAAAAAGCUAGGGCAAUGGGACUGUGAUACAUGCGUUGUAAGAAAUGAGGCUUCUUCAAGCAGUUGUGUUUCUUGUCAAACUCCUAACCCUUCAGCAAAAUCAACAGUAGAGGUAGCACCAACAACAGAGCCAACAGUGUCAGACUUUGGUGCUGCUUUUUCAAGGAAGGAUGGACAAUGGGACUGUGACACCUGUCUAGUGAGGAAUGAUGCAUCUGCCUCUAAGUGUGUUUCCUGCCAGACACCCAACCCCAAUGCUAGCAGCUCCUCUCUUAGGGCCAUGUUUGCCAGGCAGGAGGGACAGUGGGACUGUGACACAUGUCUAGUCAGAAACAACGACUCUGCUAGUCAAUGUGUCUCCUGUCAGAUGCCCAAUCCCAAUUUUAAGAGCAUAGCCACAGCCGCCACAGCCGCCACUUCCAGCUCAUCCUUCAGCUUUAACUUCGGGAGUCGGACUGCCUCUACUCAACCCACAGGCACUGGGUUUAAAGCGAACUUCAAGGGUGACAGCUCUUUGCAGUUUGGCACAGGCAAAGUUGAUAAAAGUUCCCCUGCAUCCUUCAAGUUUGAGACCCCUCCUCAGGCUGAAAGCAGUACCCCCAGUGCUGCAGGCUUCUCUUUCACCAUGCCCAUCCCAGCAGGUGGCUUUAAGUUUGGCACUCAGGAAACUGCAAAGGAAACCCUACCAGCUGAAACUCAGACCCCUGCUUCAGGAUCUGCGUCAAUGUUCCUGAAGAAUAUCGCAGAGCAGCACAGAGAGAAGGAAUCUGGUGUCAGUGUAUAUGCAUCAGUGCUGUCAGUGGACAAGACGGGUCAGGAUGAAAAUCCCCUCUUCAUUGGCAAACCCAACGACUUCAGUUUUGCAGACUUGGCUAAAAACUCACAAGGAGACUUCCAGUUUGGUCAGACUGACUCCAAUUUCAAAGGCUUCACCCGCGCUGGUGAGCAGUUGUUCACAUCCCUUCAGUCAAACCAGAGGGCAGACACCUCAGCUGACCAGGAUGAAGAGGGCAUAUACAAGACAGAGGAUAUUGACGAUAUCCAGUUUGAGCCUGUGGUCCAGAUGCCAGAGAAAGUGGACCUGGUCACAGGAGAAGAGGACGAACAGGCCCUCUACUCCCAGAGAGUGAAGCUCUUCAGGUUUGAUGGAGACAUCAGCCAGUGGAAGGAGAGGGGCGUUGGGGUCCUCAAGUUCCUGAAGAACGCCACCAAUGGCAGGCUCAGAGUGCUGAUGAGGAGAGAGCAGGUCCUGAAGGUGUGUGCCAACCACUGGAUCACCACCACCAUGAACCUGAAGCCCUUGGCUGGCUCCGACAAGGCCUGGAUGUGGCUGGCUAAUGACUUCUCUGAUGGAGAUGCCAGACUGGAGCAACUCGCUGCCAAGUUUAAAACCCCUGAGCUGGCUGAGGAGUUCAAGCUGAAGUUUGAGGAGUGUCAGAGGCUCCUGUUAGACAUCCCACUGCAGACUCCUCACAAGCUUGUUGACACAGGCAGAACUGCACAUCUCAUCCAGAAGGCAGAGGAGAUGAAGUCCGGCCUGAAAGAUCUUAAAUCUUUCCUGACCGAUGACAAAACCAAGAUCAAGGAGGACGACAGCCAUGCUAACAUCACGACAGCCAGUAACACCUCUGGUCUGAAUAUCAAGCCCCACGCAGAGAACACUGGCCCUACCUUAGAAUGGGACAACUAUGACCUGAGAGAGGAGGCUCUGGACAACAGUGCUGACACCUCUGUCUACGCCUUACCCCUGGAAAGCAGCCCAAUCAGGAAGAACCUCUUCUGCUUUGGAGAAUCCACAGAGGGCUUCAACUUCAGCUUCCAGCCUGUCGUCAGUCCCGCCAAGUCGCUGGCCAAGAUGAACCAGAGCGGGGUGUCUGCGGACGAGGAGCAGGACAUUAGCCAGGAGGAGGAGCGGGACGGCCUGUACUUUGAGCCUGUGGUUCCCCUGCCAGACCUGGUGGAGAUCUCCACUGGAGAGGAGAAUGAAAAUGUGUGUUUCAGCCACAGGGCAAAGCUGUAUCGCUAUGACAAAGACCUGAACCAGUGGAAGGAGAGAGGCAUCGGAGACCUCAAGAUACUGCAGAACUGCGAUACCAAACGAGUAAGACUCAUCAUGAGGAGAGACCAAGUCCUGAAAAUCUGCGCCAACCAUUGGGUCACAUCUUCUAUGAAGUUGGAGCCCAUGAAGGGUGCUGAGAAGGCCUGGGUCUGGAGCGCUAUUGACUUUGCCGAGGUAACUAAGGGAAAUGUUGAGCAGUUAGCUGUGAGAUUCAAACUGAAGGAUGUGGCUAACUCCUUCAGAGAUAUAUUUGACCAGGCUAAAACUGCCCAAGAGAAUGAGAUUCUGGUCACUCCAAUCGCCUCCAGUGAGACCUUUACUCAGGAGGAAGCAAUAGCGACGGGGACAACCGUGUGUGGACGAGCUGCUGUGGCCAUCCUGGAGGAGACCACCACAGAACGGACGGAGCUGUAUCAUGAGACUUUACACACCCCUGACUGUAAGUCCUCCACCGGUACUCCACAUAGCCCUCUCAACCUCUCCAGGAUGGUGAUGUCCCCACCCAAGUUCCUCUUUGGAACAGACUCUCUCCAAAAGUUUUUCGGCAGCAGCCCACCGUCAUCCAAGGAGGAUAGUUCUCCAGAGAGCUCCAAGGUUAAAGACAGCGGUCGGACCUCCCAGCCUUUAACUGCAUUCAAAAUCUCAGAAAAGGGAUUGGACUUUAGGCUUUUCAAAGAUAACCCAAAGACUUUUUGGACCAGCACCUCAUCCACCCAAUUUGAGCCCCCAGCACCCUCCCAUGCGGAGGCCGACAGUGAGGUGGAAGUGGUGUAUGUGAGGCAGCCAACAGUUGAGCAGGCUUUUCUGGCUAGGGAACUCCUGCUGCCUCUCACCUUCUUCUGCUACCAGAACGAACCAGGAUAUACCAGCGACGACCAGACUGAUGAUGAGGACUUUGAGACAGCAGUUAAAGCCCUGAAUGGAAAACUGUACCGGGAUCCUCCUGAGAGAGAGGCUGCAAGUGCAGGUUCUGCAGGCCAGGCCGAGGCAGGUGUUGAAGGUCUGGACCCAGAGGUUGAGGUUUUAUGGGAGAAGAGGCCAACUCCAGAGGAGGAACAGAAAGCCAGGAACCUGCAGCUGCCUUCAACCUUCUUCUGUGGUGUAGGCAGCGACAGCGAGGCAGAGAAGGACAAGCCAGAGGACUUUGAGACAGAGUUCCGCAAAGCACAGGAGGCUCUGGAUGCUGAGAGAAGCUCAGACCCUGUUUCAUCUGAGGAUGUGUCCUCCAGCACCUGCGAUACAGUGCCAGAACAACAGGUCCCAGACCAGUACCCCAGCAGCCAGGAACAGGCUUCAGAUCAGUCUGGGGCAGAAGUCCAGUCCACUACAGCAGAAGAACAGGUCUCUGAUCAGUCCUUAACCAUACAAGAGGCUGAAAUCCCAACCCCAGGUAGCCAGGAACAAGCCACAGAACAGUCGGUUACCAUCCAGGAGGCAGAAGUCCAGUCUUCUACAGCAGAGGAACAUGUCCCAGAUCAGUCCUUAACCAUACAGGAGGCUGAAAUCCCAACCCCAGGUAGCCAGGAACAGGCCACAGAUCAGCCAGUUACCAUCCAAGAGGCAGAAGUCCAGUCCUCUACAGCAGAAGAACAUGUCCCAGAUCAGUCCUUAACCAUUCAGGAGGCUGACAUCCCAACCCCAGGUAGCCAGGAACAGGCCACAGAACAGUCAGUUUCCAUCCAGGAUGCAGACAUCCAGUCCUCUACAGCAGAAGAACAGGUCUCAGUUCAGUCAUUAACCAUUCAGGAGGCAGAGGUCCAGUCCUCUACAAAGGAGCAGCAGACUCCAGAUCAGUCAGACUCCACUUCAACACCAUCGCAGACUGCCGUCUCCCGCAGCAGGGAGCAGGCUACAACUCCAAACCCUUCAGAAAAACCUGCUGCUAGUGCCCCAGCUUUGGUAACCCCCUCAUUUGGUUUUGGAUUUGGUGCACAGUUUGGCAAAAAACCAGGGCAGUGGGAGUGUGACAUGUGUCUUGUUAGAAAUGAGGAGUCUGCAAGCAGUUGUGUUUCUUGUCAAACUCUAAACCCUGCUGCCAGCAGCGGGGAACAGGCUCCAGAUCAGUCAGAAUCUACUCCUGCAGCUACCAGCAGCAGCCCUAUAGACCUGUCUGCCAAGAAGACCUCUGAGCCUGACUCCAAUACUACAUUUACUACAACCACUACUCAGGAUGCUCCUAACUCAUUUGGCUCAUUGGGCUUCAGUGCUCUAGGAGGGGAAGGAUUCUCCUUUGCUGAUCUGGCACAGAACACUGGGGGGGAAUUUGCCUUUGGAAAACAAGAUUCCAACUUCUCGUGGGCGAACGCCGGGGCUACUUUGUUUGGAGCUGCAGACCCAGCCAAAGCUGACGGAGGGGAGGAGGAGUGUGAUGAAGGGGACACUAAUAAUGUGGGCAUUGACUUUGAACCCAUAGUCUCUCUACCAGAGGUGGAGACUAAGUCAGGGGAGGAGGAUGAGGAGAUCCUGUUUAAGGAGCGUACCAAGCUGUACCGCUGGGAGAGAGACCUGGGCCAGUGGAAGGAGAGGGGUGUGGGAGACAUCAAGAUCCUCUUCCACCCCGAUAAGAGGUUCUACCGGGUGCUGAUGAGGAGGGAGCAGGUGCUGAAGGUCUGUGCCAAUCACACCAUCUGUCAGAGCAUGGAGCUCAAACCCAUGAACACCUCUAACCAAGCCCUAGUCUGGACAGCUACUGACUUUUCAGAGGGUGAGGGUAAGGUGGAACAGUUGGCAGCCAAGUUUAAGACCGCGGAGCUGGCCGAGAGUUUCAGGAAGAUCUUCUGUGAGUGUCAGAGUCGAAUGAGCCAAUCAGAGGCCUCCACCCUCUCCUCCCCCCAGCUGUCCAGGGUACAGGAACAUUCCAGAGACACCAAUCCCCAGGUGUACCUCUCUAUCUCCGCUGACGACGAGCCCCUGGGAACGGUCACCAUAGAACUGUUCUCUCACAUCGUCCCCAAGACAGCUGAGAACUUCAGAGCUCUGUGUACAGGACAGAAAGGCUUCGGGCUGCGCAACACUGUCUUCCACAGGGUCGUACCCGACUUCAUGUGUCAGGGUGGAGACAUCACCAACCAGGAUGGGACAGGAGGGAAAUCCAUCUACGGUCACAAGUUUGAGGAUGAGAAUUUUGACGUGCGCCACACAGGCCCGGGGCUGCUGUCCAUGGCCAACCACGGCCGAGACACCAACAACUCCCAGUUCUUCAUCACUUUGAAGAAGGCUGAGCACUUGGACUUCAAACAUGUGGCCUUUGGCUUCGUCAGAGACGGCAUGGAUGUGGUUCGCAGCAUGGGAAAGCUGGGCACCAAGACUGGCCAACCCAGCAAGAAGAUUGUCAUCACCGAAUGUGGACAACUGUAGAGCUUCGUUCUGUUCACUGACUGUUGACAUCUCAACUGUAGAGCUGAGAUCUGGUCACUGACUGUUGACAUCUCAACUGUAGGGCUGAGAUCUGGUCACUGACUGGACGUCUAUCGGCCUUCGCUCUGGCCAUGGACUGGACAGUGAUAGGCUUUCAAACUGUGGAGUGGACAACUAUAGUAGGAAAAUCUCAAAUGAGACCCUAUACCUCAUGUAAUGUGAAACAUGUUUAGUUUUUUUGCAGAGCCCAUGUGGAGUGCACUAAGGGUUCUGGUAGUGUACUACAGGGGAAAUAGGGUGUCAUUUGAGACAGAGAUGGUCUCCUUUUCAUAAGUGUUGCCCCACCCUGAGGGCAGCAUGUGACUGUGUGAAUCUCCAGACUUUAUUUUUGUGUAUACAUUCAAUUCUUUUUUGGGUGGGGGGGUUCUUUUCAUGUGUUCUAUUAAAAGUUGAAAACACUGGUUCCUUCAUAAGCUCCCUAACUGGAUUGUUUUGCAUAAUUAAGCCUUCAUUGAGAUUAACAAGAAACCUUGUUUAAGAACCAACCUCUGUUCAUUUGAACGAUUUUCCUCUCUCCUGCUCCCUGUGAAUACUUUUAGGUGUGGUGGUGUGUUUUUGUGUAUACAUUUAUUUCAUAAUGUACAAAUCAUUGAGACGAACCUUGUUCAUCUUAAACUCGGAAAGUAGGAAUAUGAUGAACUAUAACCUGCUGUGUGACACUUUGGGAGAGGUAUGACAUAACUUUUGGUUGUGUAAGAACCUUCUAUGGUAUUCUGUUGACAAAUAUCACUUGGAAUUGAAACCAUUCUUAUUGUCAAUAUAUAAAUGAUGCUGGAGAAUGUCUUUAGAAAUAAAGUUGCUUUAUACUGAUAA